UCAAGUUGUCAUCAGAAGUUUUCCGAGUUUUCUUUCACAAUAAUAAUUACCCUUGGUGAUUUUGCGAUCCAAUAAUGGGCCUAAAAGAAGCCGCUAUCUAUUUAGAUAACGAAUUGAAUACUUAUUACGCCGGACAAACUGUAAAUGGGAGGAUUGAAUAUGUUUUUGAUAGUCCGAAAAAAGUGCGAGGUAUUCAAGUACAGUUUAAAGGUGAAGCACAUACAGAAUGGCGUGAAAGUAAAGAGGAAUCUGAUGACCAGGGUAAAUCCCAAACGACGGAUACAACGCAUUCGGGGAAUGAAGAGUAUUUCCAAAUUUCGUAUUAUAUACUUGGAAGCAAUUCAGGUAGUGAAAUAGAAAUACCUGCUGGUAAACAAGUGUACAAUUUUACAUGUGCAUUACCACCAGUGCUGCCGUCUUCCUUUGAAGGUCAACAUGGGUAUGUUAGAUAUACCAUUAAAGUGAUCCUGGAUCGCCCAUGGAAGUUUAAUCAGGAAACUAAAAUAGCAUACACUGUUAUCAAUGCCCUGGAUCUUAAUCUUAAUCCUUCUUAUAAAGAACCAAUUCAUAUGCAGAUGGAAAAGACAUUUUGUUGUUUUUGUUGUACAUCCCUACCAUUGUCAGUAGAUGUGAGGGCCCCUGUCUCAGGAUACUGUUCUGGACAAGUGAUACCAAUACAAAUUGAUGUUGAAAACAAGAGCAAUGUGGAAUUAACUCUUGUCAAAUUAUUUUUGAGAAAGGUUGUUACAUAUAGAGCUACAUCUCCAUCCACUGCAACAAAGAAGACAAAGGAAGUGAUCCUGACCAUUCAGCAAGGGCCGGUGGCAGCCGGGGCCACUAACCACUGGAGCCUCACCAUGGAGGUGCCUCCACUGCCGCCUUCAAACCUCGUCAAUUGUAGCAUCAUUGAUUUAGAUUAUGACUUAAAGGCUGAAUGUGAGGUGCCAUUCAUGCAUUUCAACAUGAAGGACAAGAAGUACAUUACUAUUGGAACUGUCCCACUUGUGGGUAUGAGUGGGCAGAGCAUCCCGUCCGCGCCCUUGCCUGAAAGUACCCAGGGCCAGCCAGCUGUGUUACCUGUCAGUCCUGGACAGCCUAAUAUGCCGAUGGGUACAGGCGGCGUGGCGCCCGGGGGAUGGGUUAUGCCCACCGCAGUGCCCGGACAGCCGCCCUACCAAAACCUAUAUCCUACUUUGACUCAGCCUGUAUACAAGGAGUCUCCGUACGCGGCACGUACGAUACAAGACAGGGGUGACAGUAACCAUGUGACUAUAGCCGGGCCAGCAAACUUCGCCCCCUAUUACCCCACUUACGCAGCCGUACAACCCCCGCCAUUACCCCAGUAAAAUGAAAACCAGUGUACAUUUGAGUUGGCACGUCGGGUCAAAGAAGACUCUUGUUCACGACGUGACAAAUCAAAUGCUGAUUAUGGCUGCUCCUAAUGGUUACGAUUUUUUAUAUCGAAGC